AUGAAGGGCCGUAUGAAGGGCCGCGCUGGUUUCAUCUUUCAGUAUGUAAUACGAAGGCGCAAUUUUGCAUGGUGGACGAAAUACAAUUGUAAGUGGAUCAAUGGCAGUAUUCGCGCCGUAUUUCACGAGAGCUACGCAGAUGUCUUGUCGGCAGCCCUGGAUGCUGGGCUAGCUGUUUCUAUAAUCUUCAUAUUUCUCGUAUUGCAAUAUCCGGCAAAUGGGUCGAUUGGGGAGGGCUUGCAACACUGGUGGGGCAACACGGUAUAUUAUAAAACUGCCGAUGGUAUGGGCACUCCAGUUCGCCAGCUACAGGGCUCAGAGACAUUCGGUCCUAGUAUAGGAUCUUGGUAG